AUGUCGCAACAAUCCUCACGCAAGCAGGCAACUGGACCUCCGCCGUCAAAACCUCCGACGACACCGUUCGACAUCGACAACUACGUCAACCCAUUCAUUCCGCGAAAUCCUCUACGCUUCCUCCCCACCCACAUCUCAUACUGGUUCGGGUACCGCCAGCAUGCCGCAGAAAGACACCCAUGUUUCAGCCUCCACUCCUCUUUCGAGGACCUCAGACUGCCAAGGUGGUACUAUGUCUGGCAUUUGCACACGGCAUUCCUGUACUCCUCGAUGCUGAUCGGUGCCUUUUGUGGUGUUGCCAUCAUCGAGAACGUCUUCCUCGCGCUGCCCCAGCUUUCGGGCCACACUGUGCCCAUUGUCAUUGCGUCCUUCGGCGCGGCCGCAAUCCUCGAGUACAACACGAUAGAGUCGCCGCUCGCGCAGCCCCGCAAUCUCAUACUAGGCCAUUUUCUUUCGGCAGUCGUGGGCGUGGGCAUCACAAAACUGUUCCUCCACCUGCCGCCGGACCGGUUCGAGGAUCUGCGAUGGCUGGCGGGCGCGCUCUCCGUGGGCCUGGCCUCGGUAGUCAUGUCGUUUUCCAAGACGAUUCACCCGCCCGCUGGCGCGACGGCGCUGCUUGCAGCGACGAACCUUGAGAUUCAAUAUCUGGGAUGGUGGCUGCUGCCGCUCGUCCUGCUGGCCAGCAUGCUGAUGCUGGCGAGUGCGUUGGUGGUCAACAAUGGCAUGGGUCGCCGAUUUCCCGUGUAUUGGUGGACGCCUGUCGAUCUGCAAGCCCUGAGGGAUCAGAGGAGAAAAGAUCGAAAGGAAAGAAGACGGCGCAAGGAGGUAGCAGACGUGGAGAAGGCAGUCAACAACCGGGAUCCCAGCCUCAGCCAGACGGACACCGAGGCGGCCGGCUCAAACGAAGAUCUGCACAAGGAGAUCUCGGCAGAGGAGGGCGAGCGAGGCCGACCCGAUCGGGACAAUCGCGCGGUGUCGUAUUCGGCUGCGGAUCGUGUUCCUCGACCGGAAAGAGAGAUAGGGUCGGAAUCCGAAGCCACCGAAGGCGCGGGCAGACAAAGCGCCGCACAGGUCAACGCUGGGGAGAGCAUUCUCGUGACGAGCCACAAGAUCGUGACGCCCGAGUGGCUCGAGCUGAGCGACUGGGAGGACGAGGUCCUGAGGAUCCUGAUGGAGAGGAUCAAAGAGGGGCAACCUCAAGGGGAGUAG